CUUUUUCCCGUUGAUAUCUCUCGCUGUCCUAUCAGGGUCGGGCGGCCCCAAACUAAUUUGGACCUGGGCUGUCGGCGUUUUGUUUGCUUGGUUCUCUUGAGUACUGCUCACAAUAUGACAGACAUACGCAUGUUUCUUGGUUUAGUGCCGAGUCAGCGGAUGCACUGAAAAGUUUGGCGCCCUCGUUGUUGCGAGCAUGCUUCUUACACCGCGAAACAUGCAUUAGCAGGAGACUUGCAUUACGUUGGGACAAAAGAGACGGCCCACAGCUGUCGGCGUGGGAGUCCAGCGACCAGUCCGGCCGAUUUGGCGGCAGCAACGCGACCUGCGGCAAGCUAGGCGAUAUAGGGGUGGGGGCGAGGGAUCCAGCGUGAGAGUUCAGAAGCCGGGGCGGCCGCUGACCGCGACUCCUCGCCUUCCAGCGGCGGAGUCACGUCAACGCGUGGCGGUGCACACAGCCCCCUCUGAGCGGGCGUGGCAGCACGCAGCUAUGGCAUGUCGUUGCACAAGUGCGUGCAUUCACACCUCAUGCAGCUACCCGGCGGCUCCUGUGGCGCGAGGGCUGCGCCACGGCAGGCCCACGGCUAGCCGCCCAAUGGCCAGCAUCACGCCACAACCACAGCGCCUGCCUCAGACGCUGUGCCCCGCGGCGGCCACCAAGCCGCCCCCGUGUGCCACGGCGGCACCACGGUCCCAUGCUCGCGCCGCCCUGGCCGCCGCCGUCGCCGCAGUGGCCCGGUCCAACGGCGCCCAUGCGCCGCCGGGCUUGGGGCGCUGCGGAGGACCGCUAGCAGCAAGCGGCGCCUCCCCUGUUGCACGGGCAGGGUGGCGCUUCGGCGCGCUCCUGCCGCACAUGACGGCUCGCGGCCAUGUGGAUGGCUGCGGCGCUGUCACCAGCUUUCCGGCGCCCGUGCCGGCUGAACGCAACCGGAUCGGUGGCGCCGGACGUCGCGGCGGCCGCUUGGUAGUGGUCGCAGCAGCAGCAACAGCGGGAGGGGGUAAAUGGCGGGGAGCAGCAGCAGGGCCGGAUGGCUCUGCCGCGGCAGCGCACGGGGCCGCCCCAGGCUCCUCCCAGCUCCCACGCAACAGCCCCAGCAACAAUCGCAACACCAGCAGUGACAGCAGCGGCAGCAGCAGCGGCAAGUCGUAUGCGCCAUCGGCGGCGGAGCUGGAGCGGCGGCUGGCGUCUCUGCGGUCGCAGCUGGCAGAGGCGGGCGUGGACCUGCCGGAGGAAGUGGCGUCCAGCCCGGGCGUGUUCCUGUACCGCACCUGCCCCGUGUGCGGUGGCGGCGAGGGCGGCCACGACCCCAACACAUUCUCCAUGAUGGUGGCAGAGGACUACAAGUUCGUGUGGUACCGCUGCUUCCGCGCGAACAAGUGCGCGGCGAGUGACAAGGUGUGGGCGGAGGGCGUCACGCGCAAGUUGGCGCGUGCCGACGCCGAGGGUGGGGCGCUGCCAGAGGUGGUGCCGGCGCCGUCGCGGCAGGAGCUGCAGCCGGAGGCAAACGAGUGGCUGGAUGCAGACGCUCUGGCCUACUUCGCGGCGCGCGGCAUCAGCCCCGCCACGCUGCGGGCGGCGGGCGUGUACCAGGCGCGCGACGUGCCGCACCCCACGCUGCCCGGCGUGAGCCUGCCGCGUGUGGUGGUGUACCCCUACACACUUCGCGGCGUGGUGGUGAACGCCACCUUCCACGACAUCCACAACUACUGCCUCACUGCCGGGCCACGUGCCAUGGACGAGGGGGAGAAGGGCGACGGCGAGCACGAAGGCGAAGGCGAAGGGCCCUCGCCCCGGCCCCCGCCCUCAGCCGCACCUGAGCAGCCGGAUCCGGAGCUGCUCGCCAGCAUGCCGGGGCUGCGAUGGCAGGUGGUGGGCGCGCAGCGCUACAUGUGGGGGCUGGACGACGUGGCCUUCGCGCCGCAGCUGCAGCGGCACCGGGAGAAGCUGACGGCGGCGCGGCGGCCUCCCAUGGCCCGGCCGCGGCAGGCAGCUGCAGCGGCGGCGGCGGGGGCUGGGGUGCAAGCAUCAGGUGCCGGCGGCGCAUUCACUGGGGGUGCGGGGUCUGCGGCUGCGCCGGCAGCGGGGGUGCCGGGGCUCGAGCGGCUGGUUGGAGCGCCGCCGCCCGUGCAGGCUCCCCUGGACCCCCUGGACCCCGCUGCCGCGGCGGCAGCCGCUGCCUGGCAGCUGGUCGCGGGGCCGGACAGCGGCGGCGGCGGCGGCGGCGGCGGCGGCCAGACGGCAGCGUCGCUGUACCCGUCCGGGGAAGGCCCCGCCGGCACCGGUAGCGGCAGCACUGGCGUGGAAGACCAGUUCGGCGGGGCCGCGGCGGAGGGGGGCGGGGAGGUGCUGGACGAGGGAGACCAGGGGGGAGAUGACGUGGUCGCGAUGUACGGCGAUGCGCACGACCCCAGUCAGGACCGGGAGGCGGUGCGGGACAUGGGCGAUGAGGUGGUGGAGCUGGUGUCAGGCGGGGAGGAGGAGGGGACGGAGGAGGGGCAGUGGCGCGGCAGGUUCAAUGAUGAGGACGAGGCGGAGGCGGUGGAGGAGGCGGAGGAGGACGAGUAUGAGUGGUCUGACCUGGACGAGGAGGAGGAAGAGGACGAGUAUGAGCGCAAUGGGUGGGAGGCGCAGGAAGCCGAGGACGAAGAAGAGGAAGCGGAGGAGGGACAGGAAGAGGAGAAGGACGAGGACACCGAUGGUCCAGACCGGGCUGCUACUUUGCCGCCGGGCAUGGCGCCGCAAGCCGCGUCGGCACCUCCCCUGGGCGCGCCUGCGCCGUACGCCUACGGCACCUUCGCCGCUGCUGGCGCCGGCGACCCCCGCAAUUUCGUGAUGGCUGCUGGCGCGGGAGCGGUGCCGACGGGUGUUGCCGGUGUGGACGCGGCUGCUGUGGCGGAGCUGCACCCGCGGUACCGGGACCUGGUGCUAGUGGAGGACGAGCUGGAGCGGCUGGCACUCAUGGAGGCGGGAGUGCCCAACGUGCUCAGCCUGCCGCCUCGGGCGGUGGUGGCCUUCCAUGACUACACUGAGGCGUUGCGGGAGGCGGAGGCGGCGGACGAGGCCGCGGCGGCGGCAGCAGCGGCCGCGGCGGCGGCGGCCGGAGGGGCCGCCAGGCGCGGCGGCCGGCGGCGCGGGAGAGGCACGUCUGCGGCGGCGGCCGAAGUCGUGGGCAUGAGUGACGCCGUGCUGAGCUACAUGUUCAACAGCCGGGAGGUGCUGAGCCCGGAGCCGGGUGUGGUGGGCGGCGAGGUGCGGGUGACGCUGGCGCUCAAGGAGGACGCCGCGUCGCGCAUGCUGGCAGAGGAGCUGGCCAACGGUCUGGUCCGCGAGCGCUGUUUGGUGUUGCGCUGGCCCGCCACACAGCUGGAGCUGCCACCGCUGAGCCGCGAGCUGCUGCAGCGCCAGGCGGCGGCGGCGCAGGCGGCGGCGGCGGCGGCAGCGGGUGGGGGCGGCUGGGGCGCAGUGGCGCAUGAGAUCUAUGAGGAGGUGCCAGAGUACCUUCGGGCGGAGCAGGAGGAGGCGGAGCGGGAGGCGUGGGGCUACGAGCCGAUGGGGAUGGAGGCGGCGGCGGCGUGGGAGGGGAGGCAGGAAGAGGCGGCGUGGGCUGGGGGCGAGCAGCACCAGGCGCAGUACAGCGGGUACGACCCGUACACACACGACCAGCAGCAGUACUAUCAGCAGUACGAGCAGCAGUACCAGCAGCCGCACCAGCGGUACCAGCAGCAGUACCACCAGCAGUACCACCAGCAGUACCAGCAGCAGUACCAGCAGCAGUACCAGCAAGAUGGAGGCGGCGCAAAUGCAGGGAUGGAAGCAGGGGCCGGCGGCGGCGCCCUUGUUGCGGUGGUGCCGCCGGCACCGGCGGCGGCGGAGCCGGGUGGCCCCAUCCGUGUGUGCGCGGCGGACGUGCUGCAGCGCGACGGCCCGGAGGCGCUGACGUGGCUGGUGGAGCAGGGCGCGCGGCCGUACCCGGUGAAGGGGCUGAUGCACGUGGGCGGCCUGUGGGACGAGAUCAUCCGGCACUGGUACGGCAAGGAGGCGACGGCGGCGGCGGUGUCCACGGGGUGGCCGGGUCUGGAUGAGGUGUAUCGCGUCACGCCCGGAGAGCUCACCAUUGUGACGGGUGUGCCCAACAGCGGCAAGUCGCACUGGCUGGAUGCGCUGGCGGUGCAGCUGGCCAACGUGCACGAGUGGCGGGUGGGCUUCGCGUCCUUUGAGAAGAGCGUCGUCAAGCACGGCCAGAACCUCAUAGAGCUGGCGGCACGCACCAGCAUGUUCACACCCGACGGGCGUCAGAACAUGACUCCGGACCAGUUCCACACCGCGCUGGACUGGGUCAACACCCACUUCUUCCUCAUACGCCACCCAGACAUGGCGGACGAGGGCUCCGCAGCGCCCACGCCCGAGCAGCUGCGCCUAGCGGAGGGGCUGCGCCUGGGCCCGGGGUUGGGCGCACCUGGAGGUGGGGCGGGGGCGGGGGCGCAACCGACGCUGGAGGAGCUGGAGGCGGCGGAGCGCGCGGCGGCGUGGCUUGAGGAGUCGCGGCAGCCGUGCACCAUCGACUGGGUGCUGGGGAAGGCCACGCAGGCGGUGUACAGGCACGGCAUCCGUGGUCUCGUAAUUGACCCCUACAACGAAUUGGAGCAGCAGCGCGGCUCGCAGUCGGAGACCGAGUACAUCAGCGCCAUGCUCAGCAAGGUGAAGCGCUGGGCGCAGCGGCACAUGGUGCACGUGUGGCUGGUGGCGCACCCCAAGUCUUUCGAGGAGUGGGACGGCUCGCCGCCCUCCAUGUACGACAUCAGCGGCAGCGCGCACUGGUACAACAAGGCAGACAUGGGCGUGGUGGUGCACAGGUACACGCGUGUUGCCAUGGAUGCGGCGUUGAAGAAGUACCAGGCAGCUGCGGCCAGCAGCGCCGAGCUGCAGUCCAAGCUGGAGCGGCUAAAACGCAAGCCCGUGGCGCUAACGUUUAGUGAGACCGAAACGCUGAUCAAGGUGGUCAAGGCGCGCAAUAAGACCAGCGGGGCGCAGGGUGACUACGUGCUGAAUUACUCCAAGGAGCAGUGCCGAUUCUUGGACCCAAACUUCCCAGAUGCGUGAUGAGGGAGGAUUUGGGAGUCGGGUGGCGAGGGCUGGCGGCGGAUGUGGAUGUGUGAUGGGACAGGGUUCAAGGCAGGUUGGCGAGGUCCCGUAGGGUGCAGCUGAUGCCCAUACCCUCAAGCAGACGGCAAACAGUUUGCAGUGGCAGAGCAGAAGUGCAUGGCUGGUCGAACGCCGGAGUUACUGUACCGACAAGUUGCUGGCUGGCUGGAAGUUUGCUGAUGCGCAUUCCUCACGCUCCGGGCGCCCGGCCAGGCGAUAGCACCACAUAGACACACCGCAACGCCACACUCGCGAUGCAGAGCCGGAUGUGGGGGUGCGGCGGAUGUGGAUGGUGUAUUGCGCCUGGUCGUCGCACGCGGCUAGCACCGGUGGCUGAGCCUUGGGCUGAGCUGGUGGCACGACCCAAGAGCGUACGCGGUGUGGUGUCGCUGGGAAGAGGCGCUCAAAUUCUCUACUAAUUUUAAGACGUCUUCAG